UAUAAUGGUCAAGAUAAAGUUUGGUUAUUGUUCCAAUUAGUCUCCUCUAUAUAUAUUAGAUAGAUAGAGAAGGGUUUAGGUUUAAAGUAUCAAAAAAAAGUUUUGUGAGAAAGUCUUUUUUUGCUCCAAAUAACAAAACCUAAGAAAGCGUUUUAACGAGAUAUGGAGAAUCAUCAGAAGACGAGUUGUUUCACCUUUGAGAUAGAUAACUUUUCCGAGAAGAAAUAUGUGAUAGCGUCUCCUAUAUUCAUAAGCGGCCAAUGCCAAUGGUUUGUUAAAGUUUAUACGAAUGGAUACUUUAACAAAGAUCACGUGUCUGUAUAUCUUCACGUUGCGAAUCCUCAAUCAUUACGACCUGGAUGGAAAAGGAGAGUUAAUUAUUCAUUCAUUCUGUUUAAUCAAUCAGGCAAAGAGCUCAAAAGAACACCUGAAUCAUGCGACCUGUUCUGCACUGAGGUCUCAGCCUGGGGUUAUCCCAAACUAUUGCCUCUUAGCAAGCUUAAAGAAGAAGGGUUUUUAGAGAACGACAAACUGAUCAUUAAGGUGGAAGUAAAAGUAGUUGAAGUUGUUCAUGUAGGAGAGGUAACUGGGAAGGAGAUGGUAGAUUUCAAGGGUUUCCAGGUUCUUUAUACUCAGCUUAGCGCGGUGAGUUUGAUUUUUGCGGAGCACCCAGACAUUGCAGUAGAUUUCAGACUAAAGAGCAAAUUGGUGAAGACAGCAUACAUGAAUGUCCUCCUCGUCCUCAUCGAGACACUAAACAAGCCUCCACAGAUUCUCUUGGAUACUGAGCUAAGGGACGCUCACAGCAAUUUGAGCGAGCUGACGGAAGCAGGAUUCAAGCUGGGUUGGUUAUGGAAAAAGCUUGAUGAGGUUUCCAUGAAUAGGAAGAAAGAAGAUGCUGGUUGGUAUAGGGUCCAACAAAGUAAGGAAGCUGUUAAGAAUUUUGAGGUUUCCUUGAAGGGCAAGAAACGAGAUGAUGCUGAUGGGUCUCGGCUCCAACAACUAGAGGAACGCCUCAAGAAUCUUGAGUUGAUGGAGUUGGACUGUUUGAAAUCAAAGCUUGAGGAAGUUUCGUUGGACAAGAAGAAAGCAGAUGCUGAUUUGUCUCGGGUCCAACAACUAGAGGAACGCCUCAAGAAUCUUGAGCUGAUGGAGUUGGACUGUUUGAAAUCAAAGCUUGAGGAAGUUUCAUUGGAGAAUAAGAAAGCAAAUGCUGAUUGGUCUCGGGUCCAACAACUCGAGGAACGUGUUAAGAAUUUUGAGUUGAUGGAAUUGGACUUUAAGCUUGACAGUUUGAAGUCAAAUCUUGAAGAGGUUUCUUUGGAGAGGAAGAAAUCAGAUGAUGCUGAUGGGUUUCGGGUCCAAAAAAUCGAGGAACGUGUUAAGAAUCUUGAGCUUAUGGAAUUGGACUUUAAGCUUGACAGUUUGAAGUCAAAACUUGAGGAGGUUUCUUUGGAGAGGAAGAAAUCAGAUGAAGCUGAUGGGUCUCGGGUCCGAAAAAUCGAGGAACGUGUUAAGAAUCUUGAGCUUAUGGAAUUGGACUGUUUGAAGUCAAAGCUUGAGGAGGUUUUCUUGGAGAGAAAGAAAUCAGACGAUGAUGAUAGGUCUCGGGUCCAACAAAUCGAGCAAUGCUUCAAGAACCUUGAGCUGAUGGUGUUGGACCUCAAAGUUGAACUGGACAAAAAAAAGGACAAAUCUUGUGAUGAUGGAUUUUUGUUGGUCGACGAGUUUGCUUGAUGUUAAGAUCAAAUGAUUAGUUUUUAUAGAUUUUCUUUAGUAGACACUAUUAUCGUUUAAUUUAUUUCGUUUUUAUUUUGCUUUAUGAAUUAUAGUAGUCUAAAGACUUGCUUAGUCAAAGACCUAGUUGUUGGUGGUUUUAUUCUCUGUUUUUAUUAUCUGCGUCACUUCUGGAUGUUUUUCGUUCGAUCAUGUUUUGGGUUAAAGUGUUCCAAUCGGAUUCCAUAUUUUCACGUUUGAGAUGGAUAAUUUCUCAAAGAAGGAAGCAGCGAUAACCAACUCAUCUAUUUAGAUUUAACAUAUAACUUGUUCUUUAGGCUUGUAACGUUCUGGUAAAGAAUUUAUUAUCUUCCAUGUUUUUGAAUCUGCGAGAGUCAUAAUAUAUACAUGUAUAUUUAUCUAAUUAAUUUGAUGAAGAAUAACAUUUAAAUUCGUCUCUUAUUUCUGUAUUACAGAAUGAAAUUAAUAUAUGUAUCUAAAU